UGCAUGUAAGCAUUCUUAAAGUAAGAGUAUGGAUGAAAAAAUAAAUAAAGGGAAUGGAGCUGAUGAAGUAAUGAUACCGGGUUUUCGGUUCCAUCACACAGAUGAGGAACUGGUUGAGUUUUACCUGACGAUGAAGAUUCAGAAUAAGCCACUGGCCAUAGAGCUCAUCAGCCAGCUCGAUAUUUACAAAUAUGAUCCGUGGGAUCUUCCAAAGCUGGCACUGAUCGGAGAAACAGAAUGGUAUUUCUACUGCAGAAGACGCCGGAAAUACAGAAACAGCGCAAGGCCGAACAGGGUCACAGAUGCCGGAUUCUGGAAAGCAACGAGAGGGGACAGGCCAAUCUACUCCCCCAACGAAACCAAGUGCAUAGGUCUAAAGAAAACACUUGUAUUUUACAAAGGCAGAGCUGCCAAAUGUGUUAAAACAGAUUGGAUGAUGCAUGAGUUCAGGCUGUCAUCGACUUCUGAUUCAUCUCCACUGAAAAGACCUUCAGAUAUACAAAUCUCAACCGACGAUUCUUGGGCAAUCUGCAGGAUUUUCAAGAAAAUCAAUUCCUCGGAACAGAGAGGAAAAUUGCAACCCUGCAUGCCAACCACAACAAAGACAGCUAAUUCAAACUUCUUCAGCAGUUCAGCUGCCAACACUCCAGUUGGUUUUGAAAGUCUUUUUUGCAUAACAGAAGCCAGAUGUGAAAUUCAAUUUGGCAGCAACAUCAACUUGCAAUAUCAGCCAAAAUAUCAGAUAAAACAAAAACCUUCAGCGCUUCACUUCACUGAUAGCAUGGUUUGCUCUUCAGUUGAUCCAUCAAUAACUUCAUCCCAGGCAGUUGAUGUUACGUCUGUUCUUCUAGAGAUGCCUCCUGAAAAACUUGCAGGUGAUAGAACUCUGGCAUCCAAAGAAUUUGAAAAUAAUUCCCAACUGGGGAUAAAGUGGAACUGCAGCAGUGGACAAAAAGGUUCAUUGAUAAGAGAGAAUCUUAACACAUGCUAUCCUAGCAGUGAAGUGGGUGAAAAUUUUGAGGACGAUGAGUUCUACUAUCGAGUAUCAACUCAUUGAUGGAUCUCUCCAGUGAGUGGAAACGGAACUUCAAUUG